AUAUUAAUGAAUGUUUGACAAACCCAUGUUCUCCCAAUGGUAUCUGCACCAACACCAAAGGUUCUUUCGGUUGUGCAUGUAGAACAGGAUUCUCGGGGAAUGGCUUUAACUGUCAAAGUACGUAUUCCGUUAAUAUUUUACUUAACGACUCACGGGCGAUAGUCAUCAAAAGUAGUUCUGGGAUGAAACCGCCGGGUUAUUGCAAUUCAGUCCAAAGCAAAUAAUGUUCUGUAACCAAUAACUUCCGAUAUACGAGAACAAGCCUGCUACGCAGGAUUUCUUAUAAUAAUCUGCUUCUAUUAUGAUACUUAUUAUGAUAUAUUUCUAUAAAUAUUUUAGACAUCAACGAAUGCGUAGUAUCCUCUCCUUGCCACACAAACGCAAACUGCACCGACACGGUUGGAUCUUUCACUUGCCAGUGUAAAACUGGCUACACUGGGGACGGUUUUGCCUGUGUAGGUAAGUGCCUCGUUAUGACUACAAAAUGUUUGAUAACAAAUUUUGAUUGUUUUUAGAUAGUUUUAUUUGAACUGAUAUAACUCGACAAUUUUAUUCAGAAGUCCAUAAGCUCACAUCCCCAUGAAGACUGCUCUUAUGACUCUAUUACAAUUACUUGCUUGUGCAUUGCAAACUAACGAGGCGAGCUAUUCUACAAAAUUGCUGGACACUUGAGUAGAAGUUACCAUUUCUGUUGACUGCCUAUAUAUGUUUAAUUCGUCACUUGUGAUAAGUUUACUUAUAUAUGAUCGAUUUAACAAUAUUCUAUAAUCUUCUACAAUAAAAUGUGCAAGUUUUCCAACUAUUCUGUGAGAAAACAAUCGUUCAAAUCUUAAUAUUUAAUCGUUCAUUGCAACCACGUUUAAUAUGCUUUUUGCUUGCUACUCUACAUGGUUUCAGUAAAUAAAUGCUGACAUCAUUCUGUGGUAUCUAUUUUUCAGAUAUUAAUGACUGCUUGACUAAUCCAUGCCAUGCUAAUGCUGUAUGUCAAAAUACCCCCGGAAGCUUUACAUGCGCAUGUACAGUGGGUUAUUCCGGAAAUGGUUUCAAUUGUGUUGGUAAGUUUGAAUAGUCCACCCUGACAUUGUAACAUGCCAGGCUCUGCUCAUAGUGUAAAUUUGUCUUAACUAUCUGUGAGAUAAAGCGAUUUAAGGCGAGUUUAGGCGAUUUGCAGAUAACUUAAUUAGGUGAUUUAAAACUUCCACCAACGUCGUUACGAUUUAAGGCGACUUAAGAUAUUUAAGGAUUUCUAGAUCUAAAGCUAAUUGGUUGUUGUUCUUGCCAGAUUUAUUGUCGUACAUAUACAUUGAUAGAAAAAGGAUUUAUUAAAAACAUUGAACCAUUUGGUGAUGUUAAAGAAAACAUUUUUUCAUUGAAAUGUAUUUUGACGUAGACAGGUACGAAUGUAGACAGGUACGGACGCGAGAUUUUGUGGUCUGUAACACUGGUUAAUAUUAUUCUGAAACUGCAGAGUACAACGAAAAAAUCGUUGCCUUGAGCAGGAUUCGCACCUUCGUUUUUCGAGACCGCCGAAGAUGCAAGAACAGACAAAACAGAAAGGUUCCCUAAAACAUUUUGUUGCCCUCAUUAACUGUGUCAUUAUUCUGACUUAUUGUGUUUGUUUUUAUUCUCAGAUAUCAAUGAAUGUAACGGUGAUCCAUGCCAUGCUAAUGCUCAAUGUACAAAUACUGUUGGAUCUUUCCUAUGCCAGUGCAAUUCGGGUUAUUCGGGCUCAGGAUUUUUAUGUACUGGUAAUUUUGUUACUUUUUUAUGAUGCACACUUAUUUGGUUUUACCUGAGUUACGACAGUUGCCAAUUAUUUUGCCAAAUCCAAAUUCUACACCUUGCCAGAUCCAACAGAUAUUUUUCAUUGCUUUGAGAGCCUACGCAACCUUAACUUACAAACAUUUUCUGACCAUCGUAGAAUCUUUGCCAUCAGCUUAAACCAAUAACAAAACACGUUGUAUAAGAAUAAUGGAUGCAACCUUAUUAACCUUCGGUGUAGUGUCAAAUCUAUAUGAACCAAUGUAUAUGUUUAUAUUUUCAGACAUUGACGAAUGUGCUAAUCCAGUAUUGAAUAAUUGCCAUCAAAACGCUAACUGUUUGAACAUCCCAGGAUCAUAUCAGUGUCAAUGUAACGUUGGAUAUACAGGAAAUGGAGUCCAGUGUGCAGGUAAGUACAGGGGCGUUUCUCAUGCGUAUCCACAGGGAAGAGGUGAAACCUCUAUAGAAUUUUAAUGUUAUCUAUAAUAUGACUGGAUGAAUAAAAGAGCAUUUGUUUAGGUAACCAUUUGGAAACAUUCAAACUUUGCGGUCACCUGGAACGCAGUGUUUAUACCCUCGUGAGGUCAGGAAAAACCCCGUCAUGCAUGGAUUACUGCCGAGAUAAGACGCAUCAGCCACUGCUGUUUAUAUUAGUCAUAGCAAGUGGUAGACUUGGUAGUUCCUCAAAGAUGAACUCGGUGUCUCUACAAGGUGAAAGUGUCAGAGUAGGAGAACGAUCUAUUCAGGCGGGGCAGUUUAUAAGGUGUCGAAGAGUAUCUGCAGGUCAUUUGCCCUGUUGCAGUGGCCUCUCCAAUAGUACAGAUGGGUGACUAGUUGAGCUUUAGUUGAUAAUCCUAGUGAUAGUCGAAGACCAUAUAAUUGCAUCCACCAUGAAUUUACAUGUAGAUGACAGGAAAUUAGUUUUAAAGUGCGGACUAACUUUUUGUCUGCGUAUAUUUAUUUUAGACAUCAACGAAUGUCUUACUGGUACUGCUUGUCACACCAACGCCAAUUGUACAAACACGGAGGGAUCGUUUGAGUGUGUUUGUCGAGAAGGUUAUGUCGGUGAUGGUAUUAACUGCGCAGGUUUGUAUGACUAUGAUAUUUAAGUAUGGCAAGUUUUGUUAUAGGUCUUUCUCUUAAAAUUAUACUAUACAAAAAGUGUAACUGGAUCUUAGUUAUAUGAAAUAUUGCAGUUCUUGAAUGAUUUAUGAUUCAACUUUUCUUCAAUGUAGAUAGGGACGAAUGCAAAGAUAAUCCUUGUCACGUGAACGCUGCAUGCGAAAAUAGAGAUGGAAGUCACAGAUGUUAUUGCAAGUCUGGUUUUAGUGGAAAUGGACAGUCCUGCGCUGGUACUGUUACGUAGUAAUAACAAAAAUAACCUAACUGAACAUAAUUAAGAGAACAUAGCAGAACAAGUGUUAAACCACCGAUCUGAACAAGACAGAACAGAACACAAUACAACACAACACAACGCAACGCACAACAGUAAGAACCGAAACUAAAAUAGGAGCAAAAGUAUUGCGAAAGCAAGGCUUAAAUUUUGUAUUUUUAAUUUCCUAGAUAUUAACGAAUGUUUGACAAACCCAUGUUACACUGAUGCCUCGUGCACCAAUACAAUCGGCACAUUUUAUUGUACUUGCAACGAUGGCUACAGAGGAGAUGGACUGCAGUGCGCAGGUAUAUAAUGUCAUCAUUACUUCAAUAUUAGACAGCUUGUUUAUAUGUUACUUGAUAUAAAAUGUUACCGUUUAUAUUGUUGUGUAUUAUGUGUUUUAAAAUAUUAUCUUAUGUGUUACAUAGAUAUCAAUGAAUGCGCAGCAAGCCCAUGCCAUGUCUUUGCCACCUGUACCAAUGUACCAGGAUCCUUCCAGUGUGCCUGUAAUGUUGGGUUCACUGGAGAUGGAUUUAAUUGUGAUGGUAUGUAUG